CGGGAAUUCUCGACUAGUGAAGCCGAUGGAAGACCAGUCGCAAAGCAAGUUCGCUCGGAAAGUCCAUUCAUAGACGCAGAAGAUCUGCCUCUCGAUCCUUCUGAUGCUCACAAGAUUCUUACUGUUCUGUCUACGAUUGAUACGGACAAUUUCAUGGAUAGGAUUUUCAAUUUUCAAGUCAAUCCACCGGCUCAAACAACGCUCCGCUCUCUUUUACAGGAAUCAAGCAAACACCCGCUUCGUAUAAUAAGAGGGGCUGUCAAUCAACUUUUACCAUCGUCUAGCCAACCAAGGGCAUUGCUUGCGGUUGGGGCAUCGAACCAACAGCGUUUUGUAGACUUUGCACAUGGACUAUUGAAUCAAGUUGCAGCUCGAGGCGCCAACACCAUCAGUUCCAAAAGGGACACUGUGGUAGCUUCUGACGAAGAGAGAGAUGCCGAAAUCUUGUUGCCUUUCGAAGAAAGAAAACGAAAGUAUGCUCUCGUUCAGAGACUGCCAUCUGGAGAUUGGUGGAGCAGCUCUACAAUACCUCGAGAGGGCACUGUAGGCUUGAACCGGGCUUCGGCUAAGCAAUUAGUAACCAAGCAAGCGGAACUUGUAUCUAUAAUCCCCUCUCAGCCAGUUCCAUCUGAUGAGAUGCCCCUCUUCUCCACUUUGAAACCUCUCCCUGUCACCAAACCCAAAGAUGACUCCAAAAAGCCCAUUACACUGCAAACGAGAACACUCCCGGCUCCCAAACUCCUCGAUUAUGGUGUAUUUUGUACCUUUGCGCCAUAUUUUGACUCAGAGGCAACCGAGAUGUUGGAAAAGCAGAAGCGAUUGUCCCAGGUCGAAGCUUCGAAGCAUAGGCCCGCUGUGGACAGCGUAACAGGUGUGGCAGAUAUCAAUGAAUCCGCGGUGGCAGCCCUCGAGGUUGACGAGGAGAUGCGAGCCAUCGAUGAAGAACCGCAGAGACCCGUAGAAUCGAAACCACCGAUAUUUCCUUCAGAGGAGGUCCUUCAGAACUUGAAAAAUAUUAUGCAUCAAGAUGAGACGGAGAUUUUCAAGCAAGCAUUGGAAUCUCUUCGUACAGAAUUCGGAGUAACAGAUCUACUGGAGCAGACGGCCAUAGCGCUCGAUAACUUG